AUGCUCGGUCUGUGCCUUUACGUCCCCGUGUCUAACUCGGACCCGAUCGAAGUGGAAUAUUUCGAGUCUAACGGACUUCCGUCGGAGCUGAAGUCUCUUUUUAACAAGCUCAGCGUGUUCCUGCCGUCCCAGGAGUUUUCAGCCUACCAACGAUGGCGAGAGAAAAUAUUACAAAGGGAAGAAAACGGCUCGGACGGGCAGCUGGACUUCGAGGAGUUUGUUCACUAUCUACAAGACUACGAGAAAGACCUGAAGCUCGUGGUGAAGAGUCUCGACAGGAAGAAUGCAGGCCGCGUUGACCCCAAAGAGUUCAUGCAGUCUCUCCGUGACCUCGGUGUGCAUAUUUCUCUGCAGCAUGCAGAAAAAGUCCUUAAGAGCAUGGAUAAGAAUGGGAUGAUAACCAUCAGCAGUAAAGAUUGGAGCAAAUGUGCCGUGGUGGAGAAGACGGAGAGCAUUCCUGAGAUCAUCCUGUACUGGAAACACUCCACGAUAUUCGAUGUUGGGGAGAACCUCAUGGUCCCUGAUGACUUCACCAUUGAGGAGAAGCAGACUGGGAUGUGGUGGAGGCAUCUGGUUGCAGGUGGAGGAGCGGGAGCUGUUUCGAGGACCUGCACCGCCCCCUUAGACCGACUCAAAGUCAUGAUGCAGGUUUAUGGAUCCCGAACCAACAACAUGUGCAUCAUGAGCGGGCUCAUGCAGAUGAUCAAAGAAGGUGGUACGAGGUCCUUGUGGCGAGGAAAUGGAGUGAACGUCCUCAAAAUCGCCCCCGAAUCAGCCCUCAAGUUCAUGGCUUACGAGCAGAUCAAGCAUUUAAUUGGCAGCGAUAAGGAGACUCUGAGCAUCCUGGAGCGAUUCGUUGCAGGGUCUUUGGCGGGAGUGAUCGCCCAGAGCACAAUCUACCCCAUGGAGGUGCUUAAAACCCGUCUCGCCCUGAGACAGACCGGCCAGUACGCUGGUAUUACAGACUGCGCCAAGAAGAUCUUCAGGCGAGAAGGUCUGGGAGCGUUUUAUAAAGGAUACAUCCCCAACAUGCUGGGCAUCGUCCCCUACGCAGGCAUCGACCUCGCCGUGUACGAGACGCUGAAAAACGCCUACCUCCAGCAGUACAGCACCCACGGCACAGACCCCGGUGUGUUCGUCCUGCUGGCCUGCGGCACCGUCUCCAGCACCUGCGGCCAGCUCGCCAGUUACCCCCUGGCUCUCAUCCGAACCCGCAUGCAGGCGCAAGCUGUGGUGGAGGGCGGCCAGCAGCAUCAGGUGACCAUGUCCGGCCUCUUCAGGCAGAUCCUGCAGAACGAGGGGCCCACAGGGCUCUACAGAGGCCUGGCCCCCAACUUCCUCAAAGUCAUCCCCGCUGUGAGCAUCAGCUACGUGGUGUACGAGCACCUGAAGACACAGCUGGGAGUGACCUCGCGGUGAGACUCCCCUCCCCACUCUCCGAAGGCUCAUGCUAAGAAUCCCCCCAGGGGCCUUGGGGCCCCUCCGGAGGUUCAUGGAGCCGUUUCAUUCUGUGAAUGUCAGCUGAUGAAAGGACACAGCGAUGUGGAGGAUAUGGACUCUGAGCUGUCGUUACUGCUGCUAUUAUGUUGGAAGAGGAACUGAAUGGUGACUGUAUGUGAAGUGGGGACCAAAUAUUUGUCCUUAAAUCCUGGUUGAUAAAGCAUUAAAAUGCACUGAAGGGAAUUAUGAUAUUCCAGAUGGGUGGAUUCUUUUGCACACUUAACUUCCCUCCACCCC